AAUGAACCUUGGACCUGGUGGUAGUGAUAAAUACACCUUUAGAGAUGGCGUUUUUGAUGGACAACCUCAAAAAAUGCACUUAGAAGAUGGAAAGCAAAAAGGAAUUAAGACAAUUUUAAAAGAACGUAACCUUUGGCCACCAACUGACAAGCUUAUUCGUCUAUGUGAGGAUUGUAAAAAACAUACUUCAACAAGGGAAG